GCACGCUGCGCGCUACUAUACGCCAUCCCUCAACCUCAGCACGAUCAGCGCUCGGAUUGUCAAGUUCUUGACAAUCCGCCCUUUUAUACCUCACUUUUACAUUACUAGCUGCCAGGCUUUCUCUCCAUACUUAUGAUGGAUGUAAUCGAAAGCGCCGAGCCCGUCGUGCAGUCAACAUCUGCUGUUGAUUCUGCUACGUCCGGCCCCGACGCCAGUAUGUUCAUUGAUGAUCCAUUGGGAGACGAUGAUCGAUCCAGCAGCUUGAGUGAAAUAGACGAUGUUUCGGAAAACGAACUCUUCGACAAUGAGCCACUGCAUGCGCAAGAGAGUGCAUUGGCCGAAGCAGACUCUGAAGCUGAAACCGAACGAUUAGAAGACUCUCCUCGUCAUCCUCGUAACUUGAGGAACAUCAAUCUGAGCUCAACAAAUCGCUUCGAAAGUAGCCCUAGCAAAUUAGCGCAAUCUACCACGUACGACGAGGCCGAUGACGAUGAGCAUGAAAUGGAUGAAACUCCGAGCAAGGCAAGACAGUUGUCAAAUGAAAAUGGUGUCAUGGGUGAUGAAGAGGAGGACGAAGAUGACGAGAAUGAGGAAGAAGACGAAACGGGUAUCGCCGCCGGAGAUGAUCCUGAGAAACUACCCACGCCUCCUGAUGUGGCUGGUAAGAAGCGCAAGCGCCUUCUAUCAGCAGACGUCGAAGCAGAUCUUGGCGAUAAUGAGCCCUUACGAAAGCGACGUGGGUCUUUGAAGAGUGAAAUUGGUGAUGAACUCCCCAUAGAGACGCCAUUGUCCCACGAAGGCACCGAAGACGCUAGCAAGCACGAGAUCUCAAGAAAAGGCACCCCACUUGAGGAUGCGCAAGAUCUCGAUGUCCCAGCUGUUGCAACUCGAGGAAAGAAAGGCAAAAGAGGGAAACGAAGAGGGAGGAAAGCGAAAGAUGCCGAUGAGGAUAUGGAAAACGGUGACAGCAUCGUUGAAGGCACCGAAGACCAGUUACAAGAGGAUGAGGAAACUGGUGAGGCGGGAGACGAUGCUGAUGAUGCCGAAGCUACUGCCAAGUCCGAGGAAGAGAUGGCUAGGAAAGUUGCAGCUAUCGACGCCUUAGGUAUUCUGGAGAAAGAAUUUUCAACCUUGCGCGAUAAGAUAUAUGAUGAGAAGAUAGCGAGGGUUGAUCAAGAAUUGGAACAGCUUACCAGUUCAGAGCCAACGCAUCCAGAGCUACUUCGGCAGUUGGAGUGUGUCCGACGCCACCGAGAUACCAAAAUCAAGUAUGAACGCACGCUGUUUCAAUAUCGCCUCCAAUCACUCUUGAGCCGGAGUUUGGCCGACCGUGCUCAGACUCAUAGCACGUUUUUCCAACGUGUUCGGGAUACUCGGGAAAGGCAUUCUACUGCUGUCAGUAAACAUUUUUACGCCAUCCAACAUGACCGUUUCAAAACAGAAGAGCUUGGCGCACAUCAUUAUAUUCCCUUCCCUACAAGGCGGUCGCAGCAAAUUUCACAGCAAGCAGCAUACAACCAAGAGGUGUCAGUAAUGGCAGGAGUCGCAAAGUAUGUCGGCUUCCCAGCAGCACCAUCUUUAUCUGCUGCCCGUAUCGCUGAGAUCGAUGAAGAUUUGGAGAAGAUGGGAAUCUCCAUUGAACAUCGACCAGUCAUGCCACAAGGUACUGGUUCCAUCCGUGGGACUAUAUCCGCAGGGCUACCCCGCUACAAUACAGCCGAAGAGAGCUUCCAGGAGGUCUCUACUUGGGGCAAUCCCCAGAUCGCGCAGACAAACAGACAGUCUUUCAUGUCGAACAUGGCUUCCUUCACGACUCCAGCAUCCCAGAAGCGAGUUGUUGAUAUCCACGCACCAAAUGGAUCCGCCUCGACGAUAGCGGACAACGCAUCGGCGGCUAAUUCUUCAACGGCAAAUACGCCAUACGGUGUGGAGCAAGAGAACAGGCCAUUCGGCGCAGCUCCUUUCAACAGUAUUGAUCACGAUAAUUCAGGCAGAAAGACGGGAUUCCGAUCACAAAGUUCGUCGCCGCUCGAUGUACGUAAAUCGUACCCGAACCAAAAACAAUCUGUUGAGAACACGAGGCACGAUGCGACGCGGAAUUCGGGAUUCUCGCCGCCGACUCGGUUUGGGCUAUUCGGUUCAUCGAAGCAAGAGACGUCACCUCCAUUAUCAAGCAAGCCGCUGGGCGGCAUUCACUCCUCCGCCGGACUCGUUACUGGAUCUGGAUCAAGCCGAAUGAUUGCGCGGUGACAUAAAACAACCACAAUUAUAUUUUAUUCC